AUGGUGCGAACGCGUAAGGACUCUAAGAGGAUCCUCACUCAUGAGUACGAUUCAAAGCAAUCAAAACUAUCAAGGGCAGCCGACACUAAGGAAAGCCAGCCGUUCCCCUCAAGUGGUUUUGGACAUUUAAAUCCGUUUCAAGCAACGGCAGCGUUUGCUCCUAAUAUGGAACCGUUAACAAUAACGGAACCUUACAAAACUCUUGCCAAAUUAUCACAAGAUGUAGGAGACAUAAAGGCAGAUUUGUGGGAGAAGGAUGGCUUGGAUGACAAGAUUCAAUGUGUGGCCGGGACUCAGGAAGAAACUCUUUCAGACAUGGAGCUUUUAAAAACGGAGAAUGAAAAGCUAAAGAAAGACAUGGAAAUGCUGAAGUCUGUUGUUAUCGAACUUGACAGAAAAGUUUACCAACAAGAGGCUGAGAUAACAGAUCUUAAAGGGAGAUCAAUGAAAUUCAACAUUUUGAUACACAAUUUAGAAGAGGAUUGUGAAGAAGUAUUGAGAACAAAAAUUCCUAAUCUAAUCAAAGAGCAUCUAGGUGUAGAGGGCGUUGAGUUUUCAAACAUCCAUAGAAACGCCGGAGAGGUAAAGCCAAACGGAAAGCCACGAACCAUCACCGGAAGGCUCAUGAGAAUCGAGUACAAAGACGAAAUAUUGAAACAACAGAAGGCGAAGAAGGAGGGUGGAGCGGAACUACCGUUCUACAUCACACCACAAUCACCCCCACAGAUGAACGAAACCAGUAAAAAACUAGUGGAAGUAAAUAACAAAUGUUGGCAGGAAAACGUCAAAACUCGUAUCAUUGGAGAUAAGCUUGUUUUCCCAAACAGGACUGUUUAUAAGGAUAAUGUUUCAACUCCAAACGCAGAGGAACUUCUACAAAUGGACAGUAAGGAGAUCGAGAAAAUUGAAGGAAUCUCGACCAAAAGAUCAGACACUCACUCAGAUGGGGGAAAUCAAUUCAGUGCGGCGGCAAUUGUGAUUUCAAGGAUGAUGGGGAGACAUCUCGGGCCAAAGCGUUUCCAAAUUAUGGAAAACACCAUGAUGGAUGCUUUAAAUAAAGUUUAA